AUGGCCAACAUCGUUUCUCACUUGAAUACUUUCCUUUACGGGCCCCGCAACAUUUCAUGUUUACAUUCUUGCAAUGGUUUAUUAGCUAUAGUGUUUGAUGUCGAUAAUCGUGAAGAAUUUGUGGUUUAUAAUCCCACUACUCGGGAGUCUAAGCUUGUUCCAAUGAUUGAAACUCCACAUAACCGUAAAGUUCUGAAUAUUGUGUUUGAUCCUGAAAAGUCUGAUCACUACAAGCUUGUUUGCAUUUGGUAUGAAAAUGGGGUUCACAGAUUCUCUGUGUAUUCCUCUGAAAAAGGGGUUUGGAGGAAUACUGAAGAGAUGGCUACUGAUGAAUUAUAUUAUCGAGGGGGAGUGUUAUGGAAUGGUGAUCUUCAUUGGAUUAGUCCGUGGAAUUUCAGUGCGUGCUUUGACGUCAGCAAUGAGCGCCUUAGGCCACUUAGGUACACCAUAAACACGCCCGAGGGCGAGGAAUAUGUAGAUGAUUGGUAUUUUGGGGAGUCAGGGGGCCAUCUGUUUUAUAUUCAUGGAAAUGAACCUCAGGGAACGCUGUUUGAUAUUUUCAAGUUGGAGUUGGAGAGGGACUGUCUUUUUUGGAAUUUCAAGUAUCAUGUUGAUCUUUCUCCGUUGACUACUUUGUAUCCACAGAUGAUAACAGAGAAAUAUGAGCUCGAGAAGCCAUGUGCGUUCUAUAUAACUCGUUUUCUUUUGGAUCACAAAGAAAAGACAACAGUGUUUGUGAUAGCACUUGCUGGAAAUAUCAUUUCUUGUGAUUUUAACAACUUGACUUUGAUGGAGCUUGCUGAUGUGGAGGUGGAUACAAAUUAUGGUUUUCCUAACAAUGAUGUCUACAGAUGGGAUUUCGCUUUUCAACAUGUCGAGACACUAGCUUGUCUUUAA